UUUCCCUCUGAUUAAAAAGAAGCCCUUUUGUUGUGUAUCAGAAGUCUUCCCCCAAAUAGCUGCUGCUGCUGCUGCUGCUGCGACUGUUAGAUUCAGAAGAUUCUCCGGCGAACCUAACUCUCCGGCGAAGCUUAGAGAAAUGUUUCUAAUUCGAGCUACCUCCUAACAGGUUACAGGGUAAGGAAAAGCCAAGGAGACAGCUUUAUCUAUGAGAAGACUCGUUCCUGUAGAAAUGUCCAAGGAGAUUGAACACAGACAUAGCUCUUCUAGUAAUGUCGUUGCUAAACUAAUGGGUCUAGAGACCACAGCCUCACCGCGUAGCAGCAGAUCCAGAACCUCUUCCUUGGAUAAUAGUCACGAAGCUCGCAAGUUUCAUGGAUAUGAAAUGUGGGUAUCACUGCCUCAUAAGGAGAACAAAGGACGACAACAGUGUGAUAGCAAAAAGCUGGAUCUUGUUCGUCGCAAGUUCAUGGAAGCCAAACGCCUUGUUACAGAUGACAAGCUUCACGGGUCCAAGGAGUUUCAAGAAGCCCUCCAAGUUUUGAGUUCCAACAAAGAUUUAUUCGUCGAGCUUCUACAGGAAUCAAACUCCUUCCUUUCUCAUGACCUUUCCGACUUUCAACCUGUUUCUCCUCAUCCGGAUGCUAAGCGCAUUACGGUUUUGAGACCUUCCAAGGCUCAGGGAUGUGUGGUUCAAGAUAGCAGAGGCAAGCAGGUUAAGAAGACGCAGGAAACUGCUCAGACAACUCGAAUAGUGGUCUUGAAGCCUAGUCCAGGGAAGGGUCUAGAUAUUAAGGCUAUUUCUUCUUCAUCGCCUCCUUCCUUUUUCGGUGAGGAUGGAGAUGCUGAGACUAGACAAGUGGCCAAGGAAAUUACACGCCAAAUACGUGAAACUUUCAGAGGACACUGCAGGAACGAGACUCUUUCGUCUUCUUCUUCUUACUCUGUCUUGUCCAAUGGCUAUCUCUGUGAUGAUGGUUCGUUGAACGCAGGAAACUCUGAGAUCAUGUCACUAUCCUCUAGGCAUUCAUGGGACUGUGCCAACAGGUUUGAAGCUCCUUUCUCUUCCUCUUCGUUCAGAAGAGUCUCGUUUUCUCCAGAGUCAUCUGUCUACAGAGAGGCAAAGAAACGGCUUUCUGAAAGAUGGGCAAUGAUGUCACUAAACGGAGACGCACAUCAACAACAAAAAAACUUGCCAAAGGUCUCAACCGCUUUGGGAGACAUGCUUGCUCUUUCGGAGACCAAAGUACCAACCAGAUGUAGUGAAGAGAGCAACAAAGCGAAAGCAGAAUCGAGAAGAUCAGUUUCAUGCAUAGGCAGUGGUCUAGAUCAAGAAGAAAGCGCAAGCGAUUUUCCUUUGAAUACCCUUGAAAGGUCACAAUCAGUCCCUGAGAUUAGACUCAAUGGUGGAACUUCAAAAGCACAAGCUCACCGAGAGCUUACCGAGUCAAGAAGCUUAAAAUCAUCUUGGAAAGUUCCAAGCUUGUUCUUCUUUAGGAAUAAGAAAUCAAACAGGGAGAAGACUGAUGCACUGACUCAACUGGCUAAGCCCACUGAUGCAUUACAAAGAAGAAGUAUUUUUACAAGCGAGGGAGAAGUAACUAUACUGAAUGAAAACCAGGACCAGCCGAGUCCAGUUUCGGUUUUACAGCAUCCUUUGGAAGAGGAGCAUGUGGGAAAUCCAGAAUGUUCUGGGUCAACAAAGCCAUGGACUAGUCAUGGAGAAGAAAUGUCUCUGAAAUCUAGCCUGAUCGACAAAUCACCUCCAAUAGGAACAAUCGCUCGGGUUUUCUCAUGGGAAGAUGAGUCAUACACAGACAUAACUAAACCUGGAACUGGAAUCAAGGAAGAUGAAGACUGGUAUUACUUCAUCAAAUCUCUCUUACAAGCAUCCGGUUUCAGCUGCAGUGACCCGCUUAUGACCCUGUGGCACUCACCGGAUAGUCCUUUGGACCCAUCAUUAAGAGACAAGUUUGCCAACAAGGAACCCAUCAAACGAAGGAACCAGCGAUCAAACCGCAAGCUUGUCUUUGACUGCGUCAAUGCCAUCAUAACAGUGAGAAUAUCAACAGCUGCACGCACUGGCUUGACUUCAGGAUUCGACAUGGUGGAACAUGUUUGGACAGAGUUUAAGGAGUGGAUGGUUCAGGACUCUAACAACUUGGAAGAAGAAAGUUUGGUGAGGGAAGAGGUGGUCGGAAAAAUGUGGAGCCAUAAUCUGCAAGUGGAAGUGAACAACUUGGGGAUUGAAAUUGAAGUGAUAUUGUUGCAUGAGCUUGUUGAAGAGGCAGUCUUUGAUCUCACUCAAUGAAACAUUGUAUAUAUGCAUUCAUAUAAUUUACUAUUUAGGCAAGUGUUUUGCAUUCAUGAAACAUAUUGAUGAUAUAAUUUAUGAAAUAGUUUAACAAAUUAUUAAUUUACAUUUUGGUUAUUAUU